ACGCCUCCAUUCAAUCUCCAAACAACCCAAUUCAAUCUCUCAAGGGCGAGCCUCGGAGCAACCAGCACGGUUAAUCCUCUAUCUUCAGAAGGUCAUGUCUCCCAAGUCAACACAUCUUUGCACAAUGCUAUUCGAAGACUAUAUAAUAAGUUCGCUCUCACUACUCACAACACAAAGGGAGGAGAACAGAAAGCGAUGAGACCAUUGUAUAUAGCUUUAUAAAAUACAAAAGUGAGAAAAAAUGGGAGGCUGCUGCUGCUGUUCUUCAAACCGAGUAGAAUGGAACGAGCAAUCCCGAUUGCAUCAUUAUCCAGCAGUAUCAGAGGAACGACAGCCUUUCCCUACAGGGCUUUUAGUUGAUACAAAUCUGGAUACUAGUAUACCAGACACUUACAGGUACCCACCUGCACCUCUACCGUAUGAUGCAAAUGUUGGCAAUCCUCAAAGUCCACUUAACAGUCGAGAAGGCUCUGCCAAUAAGUGUGGUGCACAUGUGCAAGCAAAUAAUUCUGAUCCUGUCGGAGAAAUAAAGAUUAGUGGGGAAAAUGGUGCUCACGAAGCCAUGAAAUCCAAUGGCGAAGAGGGAACCAAAAUUGAACUUGUUGCACCAAAAGAAGUUGAUACCGAGCUUGAGAAUUCUGGCGAACUCAAGAAGUCAAGUGCACCUUUCGUAGCUCCAGAGGAGUGUCCCACCUGUCUUGAAGAAUAUGAUGAAGAAAAUCCAAAAAUAAUCACCAAAUGUGAACAUCAUUUUCACCUGUCAUGCAUUCUUGAAUGGAUGGAAAGAAGUGAUACUUGCCCCGUGUGCGAUCAGGAAAUGGAAGUCGAGUUCCCGUUUGAUGACUAGUCUGUUAUACGAAUACGAAAUACGAACUUGAAAGAAGUAAGCCGAAUGCACGAUGAAGCAUAUAGGAAUCAAAAUCUGACGUUCUUCUGGUGUGGGUUCUUCAGGAUCAUCAGCAUGCAUGAUUCUCGAAAUUGACAUUGUGAAUGUAUUCAUAUGUGAACUUUGUAGGGUUGUGGGUGUAUUCAUAUGUGAUUGAUGAAGUUAAAAAAUGGGAGGUUGUGGAGGGUCAUGAUGAUUGAUGUUACAGAUGGUGUUCUUUUUGUAGAGUUAGAGUCUUGACUUUGGCCUUUAUGCUAAUUAUAGAAACUUCGACAGAAUUGAUUCAUGUGUUGGAUCUCAAUUUGUAUAUUGUUGUCGUCUUUUGUAUGACAACAUAUAUCACAAAGGACGCGAAAAAUGGUUAUACAUCAAAUGAUUUGGAUUUCGGUGAGAACAU